AUGUUUUAUGCAGAUUCUAUCUAAGAUGAUAAAAUUAAAACUUAUUUAGUGUAAGUUGAGCAAGAACAAGAGAGAAAGGAUAGAAUUAAAAAACUGGCUGAAUCAUUAAUGAAUAAGACCAAAUUAAAAUUGAAGUAUUCAAUCAUAGCGACAUUAGGUUAUCGAAUAAGGAAUCUAAGAGAGAAGAGUAAUUUAAUAAGAAAUUAGAAGAGAUGAAACAACUCAGUACUUUCGUAGAUGCAAGACCCUCUAUUAAUCGAUUAAAUUUACUUAAUGAUAGAAAUCUAUUAUUAAAACUCUAAGUGAUUUAGAAGACAUAAAAAUAUUAGGAUAGUAACAAACAUAGCGAAAAUAAAACUUAAAAUCUAAAACAGGAAUUUCAGUCUCUAAAUUCCCAGCCCCUUAUUUUGGAUGAAGAAUUCAAAUUAUAAUUUUUGGCUUCUUAGAAUUAUGAACCAAUCUAAAGAAAACAGCUUUCAAUACCGAAGAGGUUCUAACCGGAAUCCCCCAAAGAUAUUGAGGCCCCUAUAAAAGGCGAAGAAUUGCUCAACUUUGAUCCUUCUCCGAAAAACGAUUCAAAUCUCUUCUAUCGUUCAGUGUUUAGAACUAGUCCUUCUCCUUAAAGAAAAUAGUAAAUUCAAUAAUUUGAAGAGGAAACUCAAAAGGCCAAAUAGUUUCUUCAAUCCUAAGGACUGAUGGAGAAGCAGACAUCAAAGAAUCAAAAGAGAACUCCAUUGAGAAAAAUACCAAUUUAACAAUACUAUUAGAACUUUCAGAAGUAAUGCCGGUCAUUAGUGAAGGAUGUGGCUAUGGAAUCGAGAAGGAGAAGGAUUAUGAGUCAUAUGAACGAGAGUGAAGGAUGUUCUUCUAAGAAAGAGAUUGUGAAAGAGGCCAUCAAUCAUAAAAGUUAAAAUACGAUUACAAUGAGCACCAUGAAGUUAAAUAAAUCAUAGACAAAUUCUUUUUCAUCUCCAAGAUAAAAAAUCAAUAAUUCCAAUCAAAAGAACAUGUUGGGAUCGUAAACUUAAAGAAUUUUAAGGAAGUCAAAAAGUAUAUUUGAUUCUGAAUAGAACAGUCCUAUCAAAACAAGAUUGCAAACUUAAUUUGAGUCAUUUACUUAAGCUGUUAACAAGACUCAGGAGGCAUUCAAUAAGAUAAAUAAGGGGAAUGAAAAAAUUAUUCGAAGGAUGUCUACUGCUGUUAGUAGUAUUCACAAAAAGUAUAGUAAUGGGAUUGUUUAAGUUUAAUGAAUAAUUAUAUUUAUAAUUUCUCAUUUAAUAGGAUAUUAAUUUAAUCUAAGAAAUGGGAUGUGGGGUUUCGAGAUAACAAUAGGAAAGACUGAAGAGUUAUGUAAAUUUUAUUGGGAAUUUUAGAAAGAAAAGUUGGAAGAAUUAGGAUAAAUAAAUGAUUAAUUAGCAAAGUAUAUAGCAGAUUUGAGAGAUGUCAGAAAUAAAAGAAAACCUAUUUAUAUUAUCAAAGAUUAAGAGGUAUUAGGAAUAUUAAGAUUUUGAGAGGUGGAAGAUUUAACAAAUUAUAAAGAAGAUCUAGAGAAGAAGUUUUAGUUGAUUGAAAAAGAAAUCUUACGAGUCAAUAAAUAAUUACAAAUAUAAGCUAAGGCAGAACCGAAGAAAAAAAGAAAAACUGCUAAACCUAUUGAUAUUGAUGAUCUAGCUGAUGAAGAAGAAUGGAAAAAAGUUUGUUAAUUUAUUUCUAAAAUAGAAUAUGAUGAAUGAUAAUGAUAUCACCAUCAAACCUUUUGAUGAUGCUCAACUCGAAAUAGAAUCAGAUAAUGUCGAAAAGAAGGAUAUCAAUAAAAGUUCUUAAAGUAAUUGAUAAAUUUAAGUAGGCGAUGUUUUGUAAAUGGAUUCCUAAUAACAUAUUAAAAGACAAAUAGUACUUGCUGAACAAAAAGAUGAAUAGAAUAAUAAUUAGGAAUAAUAAUUGCAGUUUGACAGUAAAAAAAUAAUAAUAUAAAAUGUUCAAUAACAUGAAUAAAAUAAUUAGGAGGAAUAAUCAAAACUUGAAUAAUAGGAUUUACAAAAGAUCAAAAUGAGUAUCUAAGAGGCUUUGGGAGAUGAUCUCUAAGCAUAUAAUGAUGAAAUAAAAAACAAGUUAUUUUCUCAGGAUUUGAGUAAUCAACCAUAAUAAACAUUGAAAAAUAGUGAAAUUGAGAUAUGUUUCAAUGAAUAAUCUUUGGAAUAAUUAGAUUAAAGUCCAGAAAAAUACAUUACUACAAUCCCAAAAAAGAGUAAAUAGAGCUAACCUCAAACUUUGACUUAAAUGUAAAAUUGUUAAUAGUAAAAAGCAGAAAAAUAAUUAUUCUUCUCUAAAUAACGUCCUUCUGUUAAUAAUUAACAAAGAGGAUCUAGGAACAAAUAUCAACUAUGA